UUUAUAUCAUUCAGUGCAUAUCAUUCAGUUUGUGCUGUUACUUAAGAAAUUAAUUUUUGUCUAAUUCUUUUAUCAGACGUGCACUGGAUUUUUUUAGCAAGUUAUAGAGAUUUUUAAAAAAUUUACAUAAAGAUGUCUUACUCGCAUGCUACUAAACCUGAUUCUCGCAGUGACUGGCACCUUUACCCUAUUUCUUCACAUACUAAUGAGAGUCUCACUAAUAAAGAUGAGAAAACUGAAACAAUUGAAGUAGAUCCAGAAAUUGCAAAGGAUGUGUUUGAUUUUAUAAAGUACAAACGUAGAGCCAAAAUUAUUGCAGAUAAAAAAUCUGGAAAAAGGAUAAGAGAAGAACCAGAGGGAAUAGAAAAUAGACAGAAACGGGAGUUGAGUAACAUAAAUGAUAAACAAAAUUCCACUGAAUUAGGCGGUUUAUUGAUUGAAAAGGAGAGAGUUCAUCAAGAAAUAAAUCGCCUUACAACGGAAUUGAAGAAGUGCCUAAAAUGUCAGUCUCUUGUAAGAAGCAGAGCUGGUUUGUAUGACGAGAAACACAAACUUCAAAACAUGAUCAGUAUGCUUUUAAAUCCAUCUGAAUCUGAUUCGAUUUCGUCAUCUAAAUCACAGCUAUCAAAAUAUCAACCGUCUACAUCUAAACGAUCUUAAUUUGAAACUAAUAUUCUUGUAUUUUGAAUACACACUAUUUCAAAGAAACACAUCAUUAUAAUGUAUCAAUUUUUUUAGAUAAUUUCAUCUGAAGAGAACAAAAAAUUCGGUGUCGAAAAGAGUCAUUAAUUUAUGCUGAAAAUAAAUUAAAGCCAGUAGGCUA